AUGAAUAGCUCAAGGGCACUGUUUGCCGCGUUUCUGCUGCUUGGCAUUGUGCCACGUAAACACGCAGACCAAGGAAAUGGCGUCAUUCAACCAAAUUGCAGUGAAGUACACAUUCGGAGGAAAUCGGGAACCGUCCAAAGCCCAGGAUAUCCAAAUUGGUCAAGAUUUGAAGCAUUUUGCAACCAUGAAAUUGGUGUGCGGUCCAAGAUGCAAGUUUUAUUGAAUUUUACCGAGGUCAAGCUUGAUACCGAUUUUGGCAGAAUUGUUGUGUUUGAUGGAUCUGAUUGCCUGUCGAAAAGAAUCGGAUUGGUACUCAAUGGGAACACUCCAGUGUUCAUCUCAUCUGGCAACCGAAUGACCGUUUUGUCGUUAACCGAUGGCUCAGAUGCGAAAUGGCGAUUCAGAGCGAAAUACUCAACAGGUAAGUAUAUUCAAUCCAAUAUCCUUACAGGAAAUUGCGGAAAGGAGCUGACGGACUCCACUGGCAACUUCUCCUAUCGGGGUCACGGGAAAGUUCAGGUACUCUGUGUUUGGCGAAUAACGGUAUCACCCGGAGGCAUAGUUCAUCUUGGCUUCAACCGGCUAAUUAUGAAAUCCCGUGGCUCUCGGCUUCGUGUUUUGGACGGAGUUACCUGCGGUGGAACUGUACUGGCAAAUCUCGAUAAAGAUCAGCCCAUCCCUCAAUCCGGUGUGAACUCCACUGGCAACUCAAUGACCGUGGUCUAUUCGUCAGCUGUUUCACAUGAUUUGGAGAUAAUGGAUGCCUUUUAUUCAAGCAGUGCGUGCUCUUCUAGUUCAUUCUGUGUCUUUGAGCGUUUGCUGCAAUAA